CUUUAAACGUCUAUUUUUGGAUAAAUUUAUUUUAGUGAUAUUCAUUGCGAGAUUCUUCUUGGUGGUUCAUGCUUUGGUGCCGUGUAUUUAAUCCACUUUAGUCAAUAAAUAUAAUUGUGAUAAAUAAAACUAACUACAACGCUUUAACUUACAACUCUCUUCUGCUCAGUUCGAAUAAAUUAAAAAGGGAUAUGUCCACUUGUGCAGUAUGCGAUCAGCCGACCAAAAACAAAUGUUCAAAUUGUAAUCAAAGCUUCUAUUGUUGCGCGGGGCAUCAGAAACAGCAUUGGAAAACGCAUAAAGUCAAUUGCAGACCCUUCAAAGUGGAGUACUCAGAUCAGCUGGGAAGAUAUUUGGUGGCUACUCGAAGCAUUAAACCAUUUGAAAUCAUCCUAAAGGAAGCUCCUCUAAUAUGUACGCCCUCGCAAGUAACAAAUCCCGUUUGCUUAGGCUGUUUGAAUGGAAUCGAGCCUUCAGACUACGUCGAAUGCGAUAAAUGCGGUUGGCCGCUUUGCGGCGUUGAGUGUAAGGGCAAAGCUGACCACCAAGCUGAGUGCCAAUUUACCAUUGAAAGAGGUUCAAAAGUUUCAGUAAAAGAAUUUACAAAUCCUCAUCCUUUAUACCAAUGUAUGGGGACGGUACGUUGUCUACUUUUGGCGAAAAGUGAUCCUGAAAAAUGGCAAAUGUUUUUAAAGCUUGAAUCCCUGGAAAAACAACGUCGAGGUUCUAUGCAGUGGAAGGCCGAUCUAGAAAGUAUCGGAAAAUUUAUACCAAGAUUUUUUAAAACAACCGAGUUUAACGAGGACUUGAUUAUGAAAACAAUUGGUAUUUUGCAAAUAAACGGACAUGAAGUACCCGUCACAGAUCCACCGCAUGUAGCGGUUUUUAGUAACGCUUCGUUUUUGGAACACUCCUGCAUUCCGAAUUUAGCUAAAAGCUUUUCAAGGGAAGGAAACUUAAUUCUAUGGGCACCAAAAGCAAUUAAAAAGAAUACUCAUUUGAGUAUUUGCUACUCCGAUGCCGUUUGGGGUACUGCAGAACGCCAGCAGCAUCUUAUGCACACAAAACUCUUUAAAUGUGUGUGUGAAAGGUGUUUGGAUAUAACGGAAUGCGGAACUAAUUACGAUGCCUUCAAGUGCACUACCACCAACUGCGAUGGUGUUAUUUUACCAUCAAGUUUAAAGGAAUGGAAUUCGGCUUGGAGGUGCUCAACUUGUGGAGCUCAAGCGGACAUAUCAUUUAUAAAAAGUAUUUUAGAAAAGGCUGGAAAAGACUUGCAGGCCAUGGAUAAAACUGUGGAAAAUUGCAUGAAAUAUAUUCAACAUUAUGAAAAGUGGCUUACGAGAAGACACUAUUUUAUAUGUCAAGCCAAAAUACACUUAGUGCAGCUAAUUGGUACUGAUCCCAAAGAACUAAUGGUAGUGCCUGAAGAUCAACUCAAUAAGAAAUUGGAAUACGUUAAGGACCUAUUAGAACUAUAUGAGAACUUGGCGCCUUGUGAGGUCCGAAUGUUGGGCACAUUUUGUUUUGAGUUACACUCCGCAAUAGCAGAACACACCCGCCGUGUAGCUUUGCAGACCACGUUGUCUCCGAAAAACAUGCUCGAAGAGUCGCUACUCUAUGUCGAAAAAUGCAUAGACUAUUUGCAGCGGGAAUGCGACCUUUUCGUUGAAGGACACAUCCUUAAGCAAGCGAAAAUCAAUAGAGACGCUCUUAGAAUGGUGCUAGUGAUGUAGAUCUUACAGGAUUUUAACCCACAGGAUUUCACUAAGUGAACAUAUGACAAAUUGCUUAAUUUAUAAGCUAAAAUUCUUUUAAAGAUAAAAAAUAAAAUAACAAUAAAAAAUACCUUACUAUAUAUA